AUGGGCGACGCGACCGCGCGCGGGGACGACCGCGGGACGUUCGCGGUGGUGGAUUUAGUCGCGCAUCUCUAUCGAGGCACCGCGGACGAUCGACGCGCGCUCGGGGCGGUGUGGGCGCGGUACACGGCGGCGACGGCGGCGGAGCGCCGGGCGAAAGGAUUCGAACUCGUGCGCAUGCAUCACGCGACGCUCACGCGCGUGCUCAGGGACGACCCGUGCGGGGAGUUUUUGGAUAUCGAUGACGUGCGCAUGGCGUGGGAGGAGUUCACGAUGAAGAGUUACGACGCGCUGGAGGGACCGGUGAUGAAGCGAAACGAAUCGUUCAACCAACUCGCGCGAGAUCUCGAAAAUGUCAUCGCGAAAAUGUCGCCGUCGACGAGCGGGGCGAACACGCCCGAGGGAUCGACGCGAGGGGUCGAGCGGAUCAGUUCGAGCGGUAUGCUCCUAAACAUCGGGACGACGUCUCGCGAGCCGAGCGUCCGCGGCGGCGGCGCCUUCUUCCAGUCCAAGGGCGCCGUCGGCGGCGAUGAGCUUCGCGCCAAGCUCGAUGACGCGUAA